UAUAAAAGGCCUGAUCUUUGAAACCCACGAUAACAAUUACAGAUUGUACAUCUAAACACAAAACUUAACAAAAUGUUCAACUUCAUCGCCGUCUGCUUCUUCGCUUUGUUGGCUGUUGCCGCUGCUAAACCCGGUGUUGUUGCUCCCUUGGCUUACACUGCUCCCUUGGCUUACUCUGCCUCCUUUGGCUUAUGCCGCUGCUCCCGCUGUUGUUGGCCAUGCUUCUUACGUAGCUCCUUACGCCUCCACAUACAACGCCCACACUGUUGCCCACUCUGCUGCCUUCCCAGCCGCUUAUGCUGCCGCUCCAGUGUACGUGCCGCUUAUGCUGCCACCCCCGUUGUACACGCCGCCCCUGUUGCCGCUCCUCUUUUGUUGAAGAAAUAGAUUAAUGAAUUGAAAGGAUUUGAAUCAAUAAAGAAUUUUUAACGAAGUGAAAAAUAGUAAAA